AUGCCUUCCCCAGGAACCAUCUGCAGCCUGCUGCUCCUCAGCAUGCUCUGCGUGGACUUGGCCAUGGCAGGUUCCAGCUUCCUGAGCCCCGAACACCAGAAAGUGCAGAGAAAGGAGUCCAAGAAACCACCAGCCAAACUGCAGCCCCGAGAGCUUGCGGGCUGGCUCCGCCCGGAAGAUGGAACUCAGGCAGACGGAGCAGAGGAUGAGCUGGAAAUUAGGUUCAACGCCCCCUUUGAUGUUGGAAUCAAGCUGUCAGGGGCUCAGUACCACCGGCAUGGCCAGGCCCUGGGGAAGUUUCUUCAAGACAUGUUUUGGGAAGAGGCCAACGAGGCUCCAGCAGACAAGUGA